AUGGCGGCGAUAGAGAAAGUGAAAGUAGUCGUUCUUGGAGACUCCGGAGUUGGCAAAACAUCAUUGACAUACUUAAUUGCACAUAAUAAACCAUUGAUAUCACCAGGAUGGACAGUAGGUUGUUCUGUGGAAGUGAAGUUGCACAGAUACAAAGAAGGAACUCAAUCACAAAAUACUUUCUUUGUAGAACUUUGGGAUGUUGGAGGAUCAAAUGGUCAUAGAAAUACUAGAAAUGUGUUUUAUCAGCCAACACAUGGUAUAAUAUUGGUGCAUGAUUUAACUAAUAGGAAAAGUCAAGUUAAUUUGCAGAAAUGGCUUUCUGAAAUUUUAAAUCAAGAUAGUUCUAAUCCUACUUUUCAACAGGUUGAUGUAGAUCCGGAACAGUUUCUUGGCUCAACACAGAUACCUAUAUUGGUUAUUGGGACGAAAUUUGAUUUGGCUGAAGAAAAACAAAGGAAAAAUCAAUACAGAAGGCUUUCCAGUAGCAUCGCUGAGCAGUGUGGGGCAGAUGAAAUAUUUGUUAAUUGUUUUCAAGCAAGAUCUCUUGCUCCUGGUACAAGUAACUCCGUGAAGUUGACGCGAUUUUUCGACAAGGUAAUAGAACGCCGCUAUUAUUCUCGAGUAAGCCCAUUCUCUGAAAAGAGGCGUAUUCCUCCGUACAUCAUGGCCACUUCAACACCGUUAUCUAAUAACAAACCCUCGCAAUAUUUAAGCCCACGUUUCUACCACAUGGAUUAA